GCCUCCCGCCGCAGCAGCCGCCUCCAUGGCGGCCGAGCCGCAGCCCAAGGCGCUGACCCGCAAGCCGCUGCUGCUGCACAAGGUGGAGGGCUCGCAGGAGGUGGUCAACAUGGCAGCGAUCGUGCCCAAGGAGGACGGGGUCAUCAGCGUCUCCGAGGACAGAACGGUUCGAGUCUGGCUGAAGAGAGACAGUGGGCAGUACUGGCCCAGCAUAUACCACGCAAUGCCAUCUCCAUGUUCAUGCAUGUCUUUUAACCCGGAAACCAGAAGGCUGUCCAUAGGUCUAGACAAUGGUACAAUCUCAGAGUUCAUUCUGUCAGAGGAUUACAACAAGAUGACAUUAGUGAAAAGUUACCAGGCUCAUCAAAGCAGGGUCAUGAUGAUCCUGUUUGUCCUGGAGAUGGAGUGGGUGCUGAGCACGGGCCAGGACAAGCACUUCACAUGGCACUGCUCGGAGAGCGGCCAGCGCCUCGGCGGCUACCGCACCAGCGCGGGCGCCUGCGGCCUGCAAUUUGACGUGGAAACUCGGCAUGUGUUUGUUGGUGAUCACUCCGGACAGGUGACCAUCCUCAAGCUAGAGCAAGAGUCCUGCAGCCUCGUUACAACGUUCAAGGGACACACAGGUGGCGUCACUGCUCUCUGCUGGGACCCAGUUCAGCGAGUUUUAUUCUCAGGCAGUUCAGAUCAUUCCAUUAUAAUGUGGGAUAUUGGAGGAAGAAAAGGAACAGCCAUCGAGCUGCAAGGACAUAAUGAUAAAGUGCAGUCUCUCUCUUACGCUCAGCACACUCGUCAGCUCAUCUCCUGCGGUGCGGACGGAGGCAUCGUCGUCUGGAACAUGGAUGUGGAGAGACAGGAGACACCUGAAUGGUUGGACAGCGACUCCUGUCAAAAAUGCGACCAGCCUUUCUUCUGGAACUUCAAACAGAUGUGGGACAGUAAGAAAAUAGGUCUCAGGCAGCAUCACUGCCGGAAGUGUGGGAAGGCCGUGUGUGGCAAAUGCAGCUCCAAGCGCUCCUCCAUCCCGCUCAUGGGAUUCGAGUUUGAAGUGCGCGUCUGCGACAGCUGUCACGAGUCCAUAACAGAUGAAGAGCGGGCACCCACAGCUACUUUCCAUGACAGCAAGCACAACAUAGUGCACGUGCACUUCGAUGCCACCAGGGGAUGGCUCCUGACCUCGGGCACAGACAAGGUUAUUAAGUUGUGGGAUAUGACACCAGUAGUGUCUUGAUGAUGCAGCAGGGGAACUUGCAAGGAAGUAUUUACAGAAGAAGCAGAUUCCUAACCCUAAUCAUACUGCAGAUGGUAGAUAACGCCGGGCGCCCACGGCAGCGAGGAAGGAACUAAUGAGUUUACAAUGAUUUUGUGUCCUCUGCUUGACCAAGGCUGAACAUUUGCACGAAGACUCUUUCCACUUACUCUCAAAAAAUAUACAAGAAGGUAUUUUUUUAAACUAAUGGUUUGUACGACCUGACUGUGCUUGGCUGUCCUGAGUCUGUUUGGAAAAUCUGUGUGCGGUGCAAUUUUUCUUUUUUUGUAUUUCAUUAUGUCAAAACCCUUGCUGCUUUGUACAGAAGGCCCUGGGGCUGUGUCUGGCCACGUGCGUUCCCCA